UUUAAGUAAAAACAAAGGGUUGUGUUAUGAGUUAUGUUACGUAGAAAGGACUAGGGAAAAGUUUACCUUAAAGAGGCUGCACAUGGCCAACUGACACCCUGGAUAUAGUCAAAACCUCUAUCAAAUUUGUGAGUUUGGUGGAAUUUUCCAGCACAUUCACUUUGCUGGUUGUGACUUCAUAAACUUGUAAAAUUAUAUGAAAAUGAAUGAGCUCAGGGCUCUCAUUCUGUUCAGAUCCUGGUCUUUUAAGUAUGAAAAACAGAAAUUCAUUUCUUUCCCUAAAUACAGUUGGAUCCUUCUAAUGUUUCAUAAAGUUAUGGGAAGCAAUUCCUUCUUCACAGUCUGUUAUACUGCCAAAUCGUUGUCAGGUCCUAUCAGUUUGUGUACUGAACACUCUUGUUGCUGAUCAGAAUAAUACCUCAAAUCCAUCAGUUCAUCUUCAUGGGGAAAUCUGACUUUGCAAUGUGUUUUGCUGUUAGAACAAAUGUGUGGAGAGACACAUGGCUAUGCAGAUAUUGCACUUUCCAUCAUCUCUGAAUAUUGGCCAUUCUGACAGGACUUGGGAAUUAAUGCUCUAUCGCAACACCUCCAGAAUCUCGAUCCUUCCUAUCAAUACAUAGUACUAAAACAUUGAAAUAUCCUCACCCUCUAGGACAGUGGUCCCCGACUUUUGGUCUUUAAGGUGUCUGGGACUUCAAGAAGCCCCAGCCAGAUUAGCCAACUAUCAAGAAUUGUAGGAGCUGAAGUUCAAGACACCUGGAAGACCAAAGUUGGGAACCACUGUUCUACGCCAAUAUGGAUGUACACAGCUACCUUGCUAGGAAUCCCCAGCAGGUGAAGAGAAGUGGACUUGGGCCCUGUUGCCAAGACACCUAUUCCUGGUUUAUGUCAAUGAUUAAUUCGGUGACUAAUAUUGAAAAAGGAGGAAAUUAUUGGUGAUUGGGCACCUGGAGACACCUGCCCUGAUGAGAAGAAAAUGGUGCGUGUAUCAAACUGCUCCCUCUCUAACGAUAAGUUCCCUUUGUCAUCUGAGAUAUUUCAAGUCAUCAAGGGCCAAAUCUGGAUCUUCUUGGUACCGAUAUUCCUGGGUCUUGUGCAGGUCGGUCUCUUCCUGGAGCAGAUAGGCUUCUUCUUGCGCCAUGGCAAGAGCUCCCACCGUACCAGCCUUUCACUUUGGAUCCUGGGAGUCUAUCCGGUGUUUAGCCUCACUUCCCUCAUUGGUUUGUUCAUCCCUCGAGCCUUCUUUGUCUGCAGCUUUGUAGGAUCCAUCUAUCACUCUAUCACCCUCUGGAAAUUCCUUACUUUGAUCCGAGAUUUCUUUGGUGGCUCAGAUCGAAUGCUCCACCAGCUGGCAGGACAGCGUGUUUCUCCAAACCCUUUCCCCUGUUGCUGCUGUUGCUGCCUUCCUGAGAUUGCAGUCAACCGAACAAACCUGCGAUGCAUGACACUGGCUGUGUACCAGCUCUCCAUCAUCCGGAGCAUUCUCUUCUUUGUCACCCUUAUACUGUGGACAGAUGAAAGAUAUGACUAUGGUGAUGUGGGCUACACCAACCCCAACUCCUACAUCAAUGUUAUCAUAGGUAUCUCCACUUUCCUCUCCUUCUAUGGCUAUUUGCUCUUCUACAAGGCCACCAAGCCAGCUCUUGCUGGCUACAGCUUGCGCUCCAAAUUUGUCUGCAUCAUCUUGGUUCUAGUGCUCUGUGGUUUGCAGAGUGGGAUCCUGGAAACCAUGGGAGCAGUGGGUGCCAUCCCUUGCAGCCCGCCUCUGUCGCCUGUUAGUCGCGCUCAAGUGAUCUACUACUAUUCAUUGGCCGUGGAGAUGUUUUUCAUUGGUCUGUUUGCCCGUUACUCUUUCCGAAGAGCUGAACCCCAGCCGGAUCCUAAGCAGCUUCCUCGACAUCAUGCCUCUCAAACCCAGGGGCCCCAUUCUGAGGAUAGUAGCCCAGCAGAUGAGACAUCCAUAAAGGGGACAAACUCUGCUUAUCAACCUGAGGAGUCUCUGUAUACAAUUGAGCACUCUCCAUUGGAUAGGUUUGAUUUCAUGGUUGGGGAGCCAGGGGCCAGGCAGCAAGAAAGUUGGGGAGUGGGCAGCCAGAGAAAGGGAGCACCAAAUGCAUACAGACUUAAGCCAAGCUUGCCUUCUCAAAGAAUUGGGGUUGAACUACCAUCGACUGGAAUCCAAGUUCAAGCCCAGGUUGUCAAAGUGGAUGCUGAUGAUGUCACUGUGGUAUAAACACAAUUGCCAGAAAAUGGGUUUUCCCUCAAGGCAAAGACAGAAAUUCUAAAUUCUGAGAACAGAAAAACAAUAACACAAGCCAACCCGAGGGACCCAAGAUGAAAAAGAUGGCAAUGCUAAAGUCCUUGCUUGGGGUAGGAAGCAGAGAGAGGGAAGAGGCAAUGGAGCAAUUAGUAACCACUGUAACAGUAAAACAAAAAAGAAAGCAGGAAAGUCACACAGUGGGGAGAAGUGGUUAAGAAAGAGUAUGUGUUUAUAAAUGAUGGUUAAUAAUUUUGAAUGCAUCCUGCAGUGUACAAAACACUAUAAACUUCUUUGUAUGCUCUCACACAUCUAAUCUAAUCUAAUCUAAAUCCAUAAUCCAUAUCCAUCCAUAAUCCAUAAUAAAAGUGAAAACCCGUAUGUGUGUAUGUGGCACACAUGUCCGCUCCGGCCUCCACAAACAGGCUACACUUCCCACUCCUGAAAAGCCAGCAAGUCACUACUUUGCACUGACAUUGCGGUUACAGCGAGCACCUUGAACAUGUAACCCAACCCCUGCUAAUGUCCUCCCCUAACACUAAGGCCCACCACCCAAGGAAUGCUUUCAUUCGGGGACCAUUUCAUCCUACAUUUUGCUUUUUCUUCCACCACAGGCAGGCAUUCCAGGGUUCUCCAUUGCUUUGAAAUUUGCAUGGCCCCGCCUACUGCCCUUGCACCACAGGCAGGCAUCCCAAGGUUCUCCAUUGCUGUGGAAUUUGCGUGACCUUGCCUACUCCCCUUCCCUUUCCAAUAAGUCUGUAUAACAAACAGCAAAACUGAGCUGCAACUAAAAUUACUGGAGGAGUUUGGGAGAUUGAAGUUGUAGUUUACCCUGCAUCAAGUCAGAGCAUUAUGACUCCCACUGGGGAAUUUAUAGGAGUUGUACUUCACCUACACCCAGAAUGCUAUGAACCCAAACAAUGAUAGCUCUGGGCCAAAUUUGCCAUGCAUACCUGAUAUGCCCAGAUUUGAACACUGGUGGGUUUGCAGGGAAAUUGACCUAGACAUUUGGGAGUAGUAGGUACUAGGAUUUAUAGUUCACCUGCAAUGAAUGAGCACUUCGAACCCCACCAAUGAUGGACCAGGACCAAACUUGCCACACAGAGCCCCCAUAACCAAUACAACGUAUUGAACAACUUGGAGGAAAAGCCCCAUAACCAAUACAACGUAUUGGACAAGUUGGGGGGAAAGGGAGUUAUAGUUCACCUGCAUUUGGCUCUAGGAGUUGUAGUUCACCCUUAUCCAGACAGCUCCUGAACCCAGCCAAUGACGGAUCUCGACCAACCUUGGCACACUGCCUCAUCAUACCCAACUAUGCCUACAGGCAGGGUAUCGGGGUGAUUGACCUUUCCUCCGUGAGCUGUAGUUCACCCUUAUACAGACAACACUGAACCCAGACUUCGGAUCUGGACUAAAUUUGCCACACAAGUUUCUCAGAUGACCUGGGCACCGCCGGGUCCCCAAGCUAGUAGCUUAUAAAGGACAUUUGCUAAGACAAUGCCAUUUAUAUGGUACAAUUUUAAAACUGGAUCUGAUCUUUAUAAGCUGCUUGAGUCCCAAAUGGGAAAAAAUGGGCUAUAAAUAAAUAUCAAACAGGAACAAAUUUAACAUUAGGACACCGUUUGACAGAUAAAUCAGGAUUUGUAUCUAACAGACAGUUCAGGCAGCUAAAACACUAAAAAGGAACCUUUGAGUAAGCAAAGAGACUUUUUAUUGAAACCAAUGCUUCUUGUCUUGUUAGGGAUUUCUGAAGUCUUUUGAGGAAUGAUUCAAGAAGUCCUAGAUUCAGAUAAUCAAGAAGGGUUAAAUGAAAAGUUUUUCAAAAUGAUAGAUGGCGGGAUGCAGGUACACCUCCAGAUCUAUGUUCGUGUGUCACGUGGACAACUCUUCCAGGGCAUCUAUGACUUCAGCCUCUAAGCCUCCUGGCCUUUGUUCUUCCUGCUGUUGAGGCUCACGGGAGGUAACCUGCUGCUGAGGCUGGGGUGUUGACUCCUUAGUGAGAAGAUUGUGCUUCUUUAAAAAGCAGGCUUCUUCAUAGGGAGGCCGGAUAGGGGGCUGAGUGGGAGGUGUAUAGGUAUAUUCUUUCGCGGGAUCCAGCUGUCCAAAUAGAAGAAAAGGAGAGACAAGUUAUACCACCAUCUACAUUGCCAGCAGGCCUAAACUGUUUUCAUCCAAGUCCUAGGCACAGAAUAGUAAAGCUGUAAGGGGAUAUCCCUUAUUUUAAAAAGCGCAGCAACAACUAACAAGACUCAUUUCACUUAACUCUCAAAUGCCCUCUUCAAGCUGCCCAUUUUAGUCAAAUCUCCUACACAAAAGCUCAUGCUGGGAACUCUUUGACAAUGGACUUUGAUAUCUUGGACUAAAACAAUGCCAGUUUGUUGGAUUCUUCUGAUACUGGCACUAUCAAUACAAGAGUCCACCUAAUACUAUGGAAGUGUUUCCUGUUAGCCCGAUUUAUCUGUUAAUAAAAAGGCAGCCUGCUACAGAUGUAGCCACCCAUCCUGGCUUAUCUCUAGAAGACUAACCAUGUCACAAGACCAUUGUGUAUUACCUGUAGGGGGUACGUCCGGUCGGAGUCGUAAGCACUCAGGUCUCCGCAAGCCAGGAAGGGGACAAUGACCCGAUUAGGACCCUCCAACUGAUUAAAAUCCACAUCUAAAUCAAAGAAAAUGUAGUAAGCGCCAGCUGCACACUGCCUGCUUCUCUCUGGCACAGCAAACACCAGACUCCUGCUAAUUUGGACCUCUAUUGGAUAAUCCCCAGGUUUGCCCCUUUGGUUUUCCCAAUUCAAGAAGAUCCUUAUACCUACCAUAUAUACUUAUGUAUAAGUUAACCUUAUGUAUAAGCUUAAGGCAGUUUUUGCAGUCAAAAUUAUGGAUUUUAACAUGACUCGUGAAUAAGUUGAGGGUCAUACUGCGGAGAAGGAAAAAGCCAGCCCCCGCCAUUUUCCCAUCCAUACAUUCAAAAAAACCUUUCACCACUUUACUUUAAGCAAAGGAUAUCUACUCAGAAAAGGGGAUGGUUUCUUUUUUUUGAUAAGAAUUAUGGUAUAAUAUCUACAUUGACCUGUGGAUAAGAUGAACCUGGGUUUCUGAGUCAAUUUUUUGAAUAAAAUUUCUAGAACUAUACUUGACUAUAUACAUUAAAUGUAUGAUUUUUGAUUCUCUGUGGCUCUGAAAAUUCAAGUCACCACAAUCCCUUUCCCUAAGAAAUGAUUUCCAGGGAGCUAACCUCUGGGGAAUCAUACUUAAGGAGUGUUUUUCAUCUUUGCUGUAAUGAUAUCUCAGGGAAAGGAUAUUGAUGUUUGGUGCUGUUUGAAUGAUGUGGCAUAGCUCAAGCACAUUUCAACACUGUAACCAAUAUUAUUAGCCUAUUAAUAGCACUGCUGUCUUCAUAAGAAAGGAACAAUGAGUUCACAUAAUUAGCAUAUACUGGGAAUUUUACACCUAAUAAGAAAAAAAUAUAGAAGACUGGAAACUGGAUGAAGAAGAACACGAAUAAAAAUCUGAGAAGUGAAUACAAUUUAACUUUUAAGAAAGUUUACAGAAGGUUGUUGACAGAAAGACCUCAAAUGUUAAAAAAUUCUACAGCUACAGAUCAAGUAAAGAAAAUAGGAGAUAGGAUGGAAAUAGAUACAAAGCUGAUGUUUAAACAAAGAAAAUAACCUGAGUGGAAUGACUGAGAAGGAAAAAAACCAGAUAUAACAAAAAUAAUAUACGAAGGUUCCAAUAAUAUUCACUGGCUUAAGUGUUUUUAUAACAGAGAGUAAAUGUCUAUUCAGCAACACUCCAUCACAGUUCAUAAAAGUAUGUGCAAAAUAUAUUUUGGAGACCAAGUUGUCUGAAAACACAUGAUUUUUAUGGCCUCAAAGGCAUAUAUGAGGUUCAACCUUACAAUAACUUUUUAGGGUAGACCUUGUAGGGUAUUAUUUCCAAUAUUAGCAAGUGGAGGGAUGAGGUCCAAAGCUGAGAAAGAAAAACUUGUAUUUGAUGUGGUGAAAUCAUCUAUUACCUGCACUAAUUCAAUGGAACUUACUUCUAAGGAGACAUAGCAACAUGGAUAGCUGCUUGUGGAUCUAUACUAGGAGUUUCCUACUCACAUUAUGUCAUUAUGAUUCAUCAUACCUGGAAAAAAACCACAGUGCACAGAGAGGUAACACUACCAUACUUUAGAUUUCACUGAACAUGUGUGCUGAAAGGUGCUAUGUAUUCUUUAAUCAAGAAUACUUAGCACCUUAAAAGAAUAUCCCUGUUUUCCAUGCUGUGGAAGGAAGCCAUGAUUGUCCAAUCACAUUCUAGAAAGCUUUUUUCUGAAUUUUAUAUUUGCUAUUAACACCCUACACUCUCCAGUCAUUCUGUGAGCAGUAAUAAUUUUUAAGUGACACAUUAAUGACAUAGUUGUCUCUCUCCUUGCCAUUCCCUCCUAAUCUGUCUCUGCAAAAGUGGUAGACAGAUCCAUCACUGACCGCCUACUCCUGGGAAAAAAGGGUAUCUUGCAACUGAACAAUUAGCUCAUUGUUCCCUGAGGAUGUGGCUGCUUAAACAUACCAAGUGUACUGCAUUUGAAGGAGAACACACCCACUCUAUGCCUGAAUAUCAAAGAGACCGCUCUUGCUGUGACCUAUCUAGCUAGGGAUUUUUCAAACUGAUACUUGAGUGGGUUGCUGUGAGUUUUCCCGGUGUAUGGCCAUGUUCCAGAAGCAUUUUCUCCUGAUGUUUUGCCUGCAUCUAUGGCAGGCAUCCUCAGAGGUUGUGAGGUAUGUUGGAAACUAUGCAAGUGGGGGUUAUAUAUCUGUGGAAUGUUCAGGGUGGGAGAAAGAACUCUUGUCUGUUUGAAUCAGGUGUGAAUGUUUCAGUUCUGGAACAUGGCCAUACAGCCCAGAAAACUCACAGCAACCCAGUGAUUCCGGCCAUGAAAGCUUUUGACAACACAUUGAUACUUUCCUCACACUUAGCUUUGGCACAGCAUGCAAAGCAACAUCAAGUUUACUUAUUUACCCAGUGAUCAAGGUAAAACUCUUAUGUCUUAAGUUUUGUCAUCAAUGUUUGUAUCAUUUAGAAAAGGCUUUUUAAGUGUCUUUUCCUGCAACCAGGGAUUUUUAAAAAAUUCUGCACUUUUAUAUUUUCAUUGGAAGCACUGAGGGCAGGAGGAAUAUGCAUUGGUUGUGUCUGAGAGUGUUAUGUGACUCAGCUGACCUUGCAAUUUAAUAAAAGAGUUAUCACACUGUGGUGAAGAUGGCUGUGAAACAUAUACAUUGCUCCAAGAAGGAAUAGCAUCUGUCAGGAGAACAAAUUCAUCUCCACAUGUGUGUUCACAAUGAGGAAUUAGUUCUCACUCAUAAGAGUUGUCUAUGAGUAGAAUGAAAUAUUUGAAAAUAGCCACACUAGUGCAAUGGGUGCAGAGUGCUCUGGAUGUCCAGCUACAGCCACAAGCAUGAGGAAUGAAGAAAAAACUCUGGAACUGAUUUGUGGAAACAGUCAAAUGUGUUGGAAAGCUAAAUGUGAGUGUUGGAUUUGCCUACGCCGAUUCUUGACAGCUAAGUAACAUGUGUGCCUAAGGAACUGACAGAAGAGCAGAAGCUGCAACCUGAUGACGUGAAAGCGCUCAGCCAAAAGCAUUAUUUGCUCAUGGCAUUAAAAAGUUGGUAAGAUGCUGAGGGAAAGGCAUGGAAAGUGACUAUGUAGAAAAGUUAUGUGAUUUAUUUUUGAAAUUUUUAAUAGAGUUAAGAAAGGUUUGGAAAUGUUUUGAAGAACCCUUGUAUAAGCAAUAAUUCACAUAACAAAGCUAAAAUGAUUUUGAAUGGUCAGUGUUGUUAUUUGACCCACAAUUUCACUUAAUUGUUCCAAGCUGUACUUUCUGUAUUUCAUUGCCAAUGGACCUUUCUGUUGUGUUUUCCCUUUUAUACCUAAGCCAGAGAAAAACAACACUUUGCUCAACUCAUGACUCCAGACCACAAAGGAUUAUGCUGUAAUAAAUGUCCUGAUCUAUGAAACACCA